AUGGAGGUGGAGGAGGAGGAAAGACGCUGUCCACACGAUCAUGUGGAUCGGUGUGUUCCCGAGAGCUUCUUUGAUCGCGUAACGCAAGGGUUACGCGGCGACCUCGAGCAUGAGCGGGACAGGCGUCUCCAAAUGGCGGACACUGUCUCAAAGUAUCGAGCUGAGUAUGCCUUUGCUCAGCUUGAGAACGAGAGAGCUUUGACAUCUCUUCGUGACGAGCUAAGGGUAGCUCGUGUGGAUAUUGACCGGUCUCGGGCUGAAAUAACUGCUCUUCAGACCCUUGUCGAUAUCCACCAUCGUAAGCACAAGGCCCUCUGUGAGAUGCUUGAACGCAAGGGCGUUCUUCAUCGGAAGAAACAGCGUACAGAUGGUACGGCUUAA